GAAAGACCUACGGACAAAGACAUCUCUCCUUGGCAGAGUGAGCUAGGAUUACCAGCUCUUCAGCCGCAGCUGAAGGCAGGAGUCCAUGGAACCCCAGAAGCUGCUGAUAAUUGGAUUUCUGCUAUGCUCUCUAACUUGCCUCUUGUUGGAGACAGUAGCUUCCUCUCCUUCGCCUUUGUCUGCCUUGGGAAUACAAGAAAAAACAGGAUCGAAACCACGCUCAGGGGGUAGUCACAGGUCCUGGCUGAACAACUUCAGGGAUUACUUAUGGCAACUUAUCAAGAGUGCCUUACCUCCAGCAGCCAUUGUUGCUUUUCUUCUCACCUCAGCACUAAUGGGGAUGCUCUGCUGCUUCACCAUUCUUGUAGUUGAUCCAGUCCACUGAAGAACUAGAAGAUUCAAUAGGGCAAGUGUGGUCUCUCCAGUUGGACUCCAAAAGAGUGGGGCAUUUGCUAUCUGCUUAAAAUGAGGAAGUAUCUAUCAGUUGAAAUUAAAUCGUCUUCCAACUUGAA